CUGGCUAUAAGGCAUGACUUCAUAUGUCUGAACCAUAAAGUUUUUCAGGAUGCAUUUGGAUGAAUUUCUGAAGGUAGUUGGCGAGUUCGGUCCUUACCAAAAACGGCAGUAUGUCUUGGUAUGCUUGGUAAGCUCGUACGCUGCAGUCGUUAUUUUCAGUCUCGUCUUCUUUUCGGUGGCACCGGAGCACCAUUGCACAAUACCGGCUGCAUACAAGGAACUUUCCCAAAAAUUUUAUGGCAAAAAUGUCUCGGAAGAAAAGAUCUAUAACAUGUCCAUACCUUGGGUGGAAGGAAAAAAUGGAAUAUUUGAGAGGAGCAGCUGUUUCCUCAUCUCACUGAAGAAUUAUGAAAAUAAUUCGAGCAUUGGGAAUGCCACGAUACCGCUGAAUACGUCCGUGGCGGACGCCUUCGAACAAAAGUUUAGCGUAGAUAACCAAACAUUUGAAGCGUGUCCAGAAGGCAGGACAUACAGCCAAAAGACCUACGCGUCAACUAUAGUAUCUGAGUUCGACCUAAAGUGUGAAAAUGAAUGGCAGAUCAGUUUUAGCAAGUCCAUGCUUUUCAUUGGUAAAUUGGUUGGAGAUUUGCUUUCCGGGAUGGUAUGCGAUAGAUUCGGCAGACGGCCCACUUUCUUGGUCUCCAUGUUUUUGUCACUCGUCGUAGGGGUUUUACUAGCACUGUCUCCUGUAAUGGCUGUCUACACGACCGCUUUGUUUAUACUAGGGUUUCUAAAUCCGUUUUACUAUCUCAGCGUUUUCACUUUAGGACUAGAAUUUACUGGUGCAGGGAAACGCAAUAUCACGGGAUUUGUUCUUCAUAUUUUCUUCGGAGUUGGCACUUUCUACGUAGUACUUUUUGCCUAUUUUAUCCGCAACUGGCGCCACCUGGCAUUGGCUAUGUUUUCUCCGUGCUUUCUAUUUGGAAUUUACUGGUUUCUGCUGCCAGAGUCCUUCCGAUGGUUGCUAUCUCGCGGUCGCACGGAAGAAGCUAAAAAGGUCUUGAAUAAAGUCGUGGAGGUCAACAAAGCCGAGGUCGAAGAAGGUCUUGUCGCUUCUCUACUGGACGGCAUUGAGAAACCAUCCAAAACAACUACAGACACUGCGACAGCUCUUGACAUGGUCCGAACGUGGAGGCGGGCCGUCUUCACGCUGAAUAUAUGUUUUAAUUGGCUUGUCAAUGCCAUGGUCUACUACGGUCUCUCCCUGAACGUGGAAAGCUUAGGAGGCAGCCUCUAUUUGAACUUCAUUCUUAUGGGUGCCAUAGAAAUCCCGGCGUACGGUUCGCUCGUACUCAUCAUAGACAGAUUAGGCCGAAGAAAAACCCUAUUUUUCUAUAUGGUGACUGCAGGGGUGGCGUGCAUUGUGUCUGGGGUUUUGCCCUACGAAUUACACUGGCUGAUCAUUACCACGGCAGUAGUCGGGAAGAUGUGUAUUUCUGCUUCGUUUGGUGUUAUAUACCUUCUUACACCGGAAUGCUACCCAACUACAAUGAGAAUCGUUGCGUUAGGAACAGCCUCAGCGUUUGGCAGGGUCGGGAGUGCCCUUGCCCCGCAGGUGAUCUUACUUCAAGAAAUAAUGACUUCACUGCCUUUCAUCUUCAUUGGAGUCAUGUCCAUUACUGCGGGGAUACUGUCGCUGUUCUUCCCAGAAACGGUUAGACGGAAGCUCCCACAGAACACGGCCGAGUUUGAUGAGCUGCUGCGUAGCCCAAUAUUCCGGACAGAAAAACAUGAACUGGACAAAGAUUCGUCGAAUGAGCUUCUGGACCUGAAGAAAGACCCAAGACGUGAGAAAUCGGAUGUGAGCAUAUAGCUUACGGUGCACACAUACGCUGAAUGCCAAGUGUUUGGAAUGAACGUUCUUCUUUCGCAA